CUGCGGUCUGGUUGCUGCUCCUAUCAGCACUCACAAUUUUGAAAAAUACUUCACACUUUUCUUACCCAUUCGUAGCUACUGUACAACUUUCAAUGGGGCUUCUCUCGCUUUUGCGAAAGUUACGAUCCGCACCGGAAAAGGAGCUACGUAUCCUGCUGCUCGGAUUGGACAAUGCUGGCAAGACCACGCUGCUUAAACAGCUCGCAUCCGAGGAAGUAACGCAAGUGACUCCCACUGCCGGAUUCAACAUAAAGUCCGUUGUAUCGGACGGAUUCAAGCUGAACGUUUGGGAUAUCGGAGGACAAAGCAAAAUUCGACCCUAUUGGAAGAACUAUUUCGAAAACACCGACGUGCUCAUAUAUGUGAUCGAUUCCAGUGACAAAAAGCGGCUAGAAGAAACGGGCGAUGAGCUGACGGAAUUAUUAUUGGAUGAUAAGCUAAAAUCCGUACCAUUGCUAGUGUUUGCCAACAAGCAGGAUGUAGUUGGUGCACUGAAAGCUAGCGAGAUUGCUGAAUGUUUAAAGCUGGUAAAGCUGAUGGAUCGCACUUGGCAGAUACAAGGCUGUUCGGCUCUGCAGGGCACAGGCGUGAAGGAAGGAAUGGAUUGGGUUUGCAAAAGCAUAAAGAAAUAA